GCCUCCUUGUCAGAGUGCCAGGCUUGGAGAGGCACCCAGGCAGCCCCAGCAUGAGGCCAGUAUCAGGUAUACCCUCAUCUUUCUCGCACUACCUUUCGUCCCUCCUCCUUCAUCACACAACUCACGUCUUACUCUGCUGUGUCAGCACUUUUUAAGACAAGAACUUUCUGCAGCUUCUCUGUCUUCGUCAGAAUUUAUUGCCUACUGCUUCAACAGUCCUCAUUCUACCUCUUUCUCCUAAGAGCCAGUGUGAGCCACGAUGCUGAGAGUGGCGAGGAUGGCCGUGUUGAUGGUGGCCACUGCAAUUAUGGUGCAGGAGAGCCUAGCGUCCGAAACCAAACCCAUCACCCGUACGGCCAGCAUUCCGCUCACCUCAGCCGACACUCGUCAGAAUGCGAUUGAAAGCACUCUGCAGACCAUCUUGAGCACCAUACAGGAGAACCACAACCAGUUGCAGUCGUCAGUACGCGAAGUGAUGCGGGUAGCAAGACGAACUCAGCGUGAGUUAACCGAACUCCGCGAGGACACCGACCUCAUACUCGGCCAGAUGUACAAACCGUCGUGCCAAGAAGUGGCCGAGGACCUGCACGAUGGUACCCGAGGUAGGACCAACGAAGCUAUUGUGGGAGUAUACACCAUCAAGCCACCCAAAUACAAGCCUACGCAGGUGCGCUGUGAGCUGGGCCGGGGUGCUGUAGGCUGGACCGUCAUUCUCUCCAGAUCAAAUGGACGCGAGAGGUUCAAUCGCACAUACCGCGAAUACCAAGAUGGCUUUGGUGACCCAUCUGAUGAGUACUAUAUUGGCAAUGAGCUGCUGCACCGUUUGACAACCUGGCGCUCUCACCAGCUCAGAGUCGUAAUGGAGGACUUUGACGGUCAAAAGACCUGGGUGCAGUACAAGAUCUUCAGGGUGGCCGGAGCAGAGGAUAACUAUCAGCUCACUGUCGGGGAGUUCGAAGCUGACAGUGCUGCAGGAGACGGACUCCAAAUCCAUAAUGGUAUGAAGUUUUCUACCUACGACAAGGAUGACGACAGUAACAAGGAUGGUAACUGUUCCCAGCUGUUCGGUGGAGGAGGCGGGUGGUGGUUCAGCAACUGCUACCAUGUUCUUCCCACUGGUCGUUACCGCUCUGUGGGAGGUAACGAGUAUGGCGGCGUGGCCUGGUACCCAUGGAGAAACGUCAAACAUUCCCUCAAGGCUAUGACCCUUCUUAUCAGAGCCCACUAGAGCUCUCCCAAAAGAAGAAAAACGCCAGAUUUUCCCUAAACUACAUUGUCUUCCUGUAGCUGUAGUUUAGUUCAUUUAUUAUGCACCCCAUACCCAUCCUGUGGGCGGAAGUGGAAAGGGUUAUAGAGGCCCAUAAUGGGCUUAGGAACUGAACCCCAAAAUUCAUUUAGCUAAGCCAGUUAUCUUGAAUUUGUAAUUCCUAAUGAUAUUUCAUUUCUAUUUCUAAAACGUUUAUAAUGUUUAAAAUUGAUUAUCUCAAGAUUUCUGCUUUCGAUAGGCGUAACGUGAAAUAUUUCCUAUGAAAAUCAUUUGGGUUAUGAAAAUCUCUCUGGGUUUUACUGCUAUGUAUGUUGCUUUUAGUAUGCAGGCGACGAGUCACAAUAACGUGGCUAAAGUAAGUUGACCAGACCACACACUAGAAGGUGAGGGGACGACGACGUUUCGGUCCGUCCUAGACCAUUCUCACAAUCGACUUGAGAAUGGUCCAGGACGGACCGAAACGUCGUCGUCCCUUCACCUUCUAGUGUGUGGUCUGGUCAACUUGUUUUUAGUAGUUAGCUUGUCAACUGUAUGUGUUUAAACCAGCAGUAAUUUCAGCCAAUCUCGCCUUGUCUACAAAAGUGUUCUUAUGAUUCCUGUUACAUGAAAGAUCUCCAUCGUGGUCGACCUCAGUAAACCAUUUGAAUUAUUUAAUAUUUUUGUGUACUGUAAACUCUGUUUAAUGACAAACGUUUGAUCAUACAUACCUUUCAGAUUGAGUAAACUAUUUAAAUAUUCUCUUAAAUUUUUUUAAACACAAAAUAUAAUACCAAUCAAGCAAAUAUAGGCUUAUCUGAUUCUGGAAGACAAUUUAAGAAACUUUGCCACUGAUAGAAUUUGGUGCCACCUCAUAAAAUAUACAUUUCCAAAUAA